AUGUUGACAAUCACCAGGCGCAAUAACUCAUGGAAGCUAACUGGUCUACAUGCAUGUUGCGCCAUCUUGUUAACAGUUGGGUACGCGUUAAGGGAGUAUGGUGCCUUCAAAUACAUGUUCGAGGACAAAGAAUCUUCACAAAUGACACUGGGGAUUUACAUCGCAAGUCAGGUCUUCAUCUAUAUCUGCCCACCACUUCUAGAACUUGGAAACUAUCACAUCCUCAGUCGAACCUUCUUCUACGUGCCCUUUGCAUCGCCAAUUGCCCCGAACAGAGUGCUUACUAUUUUCGGACCCGUUAUGAUGAUAGUGGAAACUUUGAAUUCCCUCGGAGUUGCCUUCACUUCCAAUCCGACAAGCAGUCAGGCUCAAGCGGGAAAGAUAUUGGUCCUGGCCGCGAUCGGCAUUCAGAUCUGUCUGAUUGUCAUCUUCUUCUGUUUCGCCGGAAUUUUCCAUUGGCAGUGCAGUAAGAACGGAAUUCGGACAAAAGCUCUCCCAACUCUUCCGAUCGUCAUGUACGUGAGCAUGUUUUUGAUCUUGAUUCGUUCUGUCUAUCGGAUGGUGGACCAUGCGGGAAAUUCGGCCGUAGACAUUUAUGACUUGGACACGCUCCGGUCGCUCAGUCCUCUCUUGCGCUAUGAGUGGUUCUUCUUUGUUUUUGAAGGUGCGACUAUGCUGGCAAAUUCGCUGUUGUGGAAUGUGUGGCAUGCCAGUCGUUAUCUUCCCAAAACCAAGAAUAUUUUUAUGGCAGAGGAUGGUGUUACUGAAAUGACGUGGGGGGGAAGAGACGACAGACGACCGGCCAACCCUCGCAAAGACGGUACAUGGGGGGAUGGCGAUUCUCACCCUGGGGGGUUUGGGCCCACAUGUUUCCCCUGA